AUGAGCAAUUACAACACCACUUGGUACUACGCCGUAGGCGUGGGGCGUCACGUCGGCAUCUACACCGACUAUCAAGACGCUGGGGACCAGGUGUGUGGCUACCCGAACUUCCGGAUGAAAAAGUUCCAGUAUUACGGCGACGCGCAGGACUUCAUCAACUAUUACAACCAGGACAGCGAAUCCUCGGGAGACGAGCAAGAUCCAGUCUGGUACUACGCAGUUGUAGUUGGCCGUUGCACUGGGAUAUUCACGGACGUUGAUGACGCUUUGACUCACACACGUGGAUACUCCAAUGCCAAGUUCAAGAAGUUCCUCACCUUCGAUGGAGCUCAGAAUUUCCUAUAUGACUGGGGUCUUGAAGUUCAGGAUAACAUCGAAUACAGCAACGGAUCGAGCAGUUGGUUCGCUUUCGACAUUGAUGGAGGAGAGCCGGACUGUAAUGACCCCAAACACCCGGAUUCAAUGGUGGCCUUCUGCGACGGAAGCGCUCUAAGAAAUGCUACGGGUACCAUGGCUGGAAGACAGUUGGAUUAA